AUGCUCCUCAUAGGCCUAACCGGCUCCAUUGCCACCGGCAAAUCAACCGUCUCCUCCCUCCUCUCCUCCCCGCCCUACAACCUCCCCAUCAUCGACGCCGACCUUCUCGCCCGCAAAGUCGUCGAACCGGGAACUGCCGGCUACAACGCCAUCGUCUCCUACUUCGGUCCCACCACCCCCGACCUCCUCCUCCCCUCUGGUCCCGACAUGCCCGAAAAUGGUCCCAACGGAAAAGGUCGGCCCCUCAACCGGCCUGCCCUCGGCCGCCGCGUCUUCGGCGAUAGCCCCGAAGUGCGCAAGGACCGCGCCCGUCUCAACUCCAUCGUCCACCCGGCUGUACGCAAAGAAAUGGCGCUGGCGGUGCUGAAGGCAUACGUCAAGGGGUACAGAGCCGUGGUGCUGGAUGUCCCGCUACUGUUUGAGAGUCAGCUGGAUAAGUACUGCGGUACUGUCCUCGUGGUGGGGGUCAAGGAUCCGCAGAUACAGAUGGAGAGACUCAGGGCGAGGGAUCCGCACUUGAGCGCCGAAGAUGCGGAGAAUCGCGUGAGGAGUCAGGGAGAUGUGAGGGAGAAGGCGGAACGGGCGCUGGAAAGGGGUGAGGGGAGGGGUGUGGUGGUUUGGAAUGAUGGCGAACGAAAAGAACUCGAGGAGCAGGUUAGGGAAGUGUUUUGGAAGGGGGUGGUGGAGAGGUUUAGCCCAAAUUGGUGGGGGUGGUGGUUGUGGAUGUGUCCGCCUGCGGCCGUGGUAAGCGCGUUGUGGGGUUAUUGGGCGAAUUUGGGGGUGGAUAGGCGGUGGAGGGAGAAGAAGGAGGCGGAGAAGGCGAAGUUGGUAUCUUUUGAUUCUUCACGGGAUCAGACUCGCCUAUUCCGCGAUCCGUCCCAAACCGGCUCUGUUGCAUCUGCCGACUCUACCGAUAUCGGCGAGCCCCUCUACGUCACAGUGCCCUUAACCCGUGAAAGACACGAAUUUCUUGUUAAGGAAGUUACGUCCUUGUGGGCCGGGUUUGCCGAGCUCAAUGCUGUCCAAGCCAACGAGGCAGAGGCAGAGGCGCAUGGUAGAAAACAUCAGGAGUACAAGGCGGCUUCGAAGAAAGAGCAAGAUCGCCAGCGCAAAAAGGCUGACCUGUUCUCUACCGCAGCAAUGGUCGGAACUUCAACUGGACGACCCCAUAUAACCGUUACUAUGGGGCAGAGGACUACUGGAGCCAAGUGA